GUGGUAUCUUGCAUAAUGACAAUAAGUAUAAAUAAUAAUAAAAUUUUCGAAAUUUCAAACUGACACGAGCUCACACCCACUAGUGCAACUGCUCUGUACAUAUAGUAAACAAAUGUUAAAUGUAGAAGAAGAAAAAAAGACCAAGAUAUACCCUUUGUCACAAAUUAGAAAAAGAAAGAAAGAGGAUCCUUAUUGUCAUUUGCAGAGAAAGCUACUUCACUCCUUUCUCUUCCUUCGUCUCUCCGUCUCCCUCAGCCCUACAUUUUCUGUUUCCGUCUACAAGAACCACUUUGUUGCUUCCUUUUCGAGCAUCGUCUUCGUCUUCUACAAAUUUUGUUUGUUGCUUGGUUUUGAAGCCGGCCUUUGAUGGGUGCGGCAGAAUCUGGAACCGAUCGGAGAAGCUUAGCUUAUGGAUUUGGAGUUUCUCUGUGAAUGAAUCUCUGUUUGUUAUGGGGAAGAAUACCGUCGAGGAGCAGAAUCUCCCUGUGAGCGACGGAGCUGCUUCGGCUAGGAAUAACGGAGGUGGAGGAAUAAGCACAUGUUGUUGCUGCGAUUGGAUCUCUAGCUACUUUAGUCUCAGAUGCGUUUUGAUUCUUGCUUUUUCUGCUGCUGUGUUUCUCUCCGCCUUGUUUUGGUUACCUCCAUUCCUCGGAUUUGCAGAUCCAGGGGAUCUAGAUCUCGAUCCAAGGUUUAAAGAUCACAGAAUAGUGGCGAGUUUUGAUGUUGGAAAACCAAUUUCGUUCAUGGAAGACAAUUUGAUGCAGCUUGAGAAUGAUAUCACUGAUGAAAUAAGCUUUCCCAUGACCAAAGUUGUGGUAUUAGCGCUUGAACGCUUGGGUGAUCUUAACAGAACAAUGGUUAUUUUUGCCAUUGAUCCUGAGAAGGAGAAUUCUAAGAUACCUGCCGAAAUAGAGAGUCUGAUCAAGGCAGCUUUUGAAACUCUGGUCCAAAAGCAGUUGUCUUUCCGUUUGACUGAAUCCUUGUUUGGGGAACCAUUCUUUUUCGAGGUGCUAAAAUUCCCUGGAGGAAUCACUGUGAUCCCUCCCCAGCCUAUAUUUCCCCUGCAGAAGGCCCAACUUCUUUUCAACUUCACAUUAAACUUUUCGAUUUACCAAAUUCAAUCAAACUUUGAGGAACUCGCUAGCCAGCUGAAGAAGGGCAUAAAUCUGGCUUCCUAUGAGAACUUGUACAUAACCUUGUCAAAUUCCAGAGGUUCAACAGUGGCGCCUCCUACUAUAGUUCAUUCUUCUGUUCUACUCACAUUCGGUUCAUCUUCGAGGUUGAAGCAACUUGCUCAAACUAUCACUAGCUCCCAUUCCAAAAAUCUCGGCCUAAACCAUACCGUAUUUGGUAAGGUUAAGCAAGUCCGUCUUUCCUCAAUCUUGCCACAUUCACCUGCCACAUCAUCAACCCCUUCCCCUUCUCCUCAACCUGAAACCCACCAAUACCCCCAUCAUCAUCCUCAUCAUCAUCACCACCAUCAUGAACUUGCUCCAGAACCUUCACUCUCACCUCCAACUAAAGGCUUUGCACCUGCAUCAGCGCCAACCAAACACUCACCUUUACCCCCGAGAAACCCGCCUUGCCCUUACGAGCAGAGGAGACCAAAAGGAAACAGUGCUCUAAACCAUCAUACUGCACCACCAACGCCUGCACCACACCGGUCUCAGCCACACCCACCAGCACCAAACCCAGCCCCGCCACGUCAUCAUGCCAUACCAGUAUCUAGCCCACUUCCCCACGUUGUAUUUGCUCAUAUCCCACCUCCAUCAAAAAGCAGCCCAGAAUCAGAACCUACAGGCGAAAAAUCUCCCUCACCUGCUCCAACCCCAUGUAAGUCUUCUUCUCUAACUCAGUUCUCAAGAUCUGCAUCACUGAACUAAAAACAUCUGAAAACAUGAAGCAGCUUCUGCGAGCAUUGGUCCAACCUUCAAAAAGGCAUCAUCACAGCUCCUUGUAGUAGUAGUAGCCGUCAUAAUCAUCUGUCUGUAAAACAAAAAACAAAAAAAAAACGCCGGAAGAAGCUGCUUUUUAAGUCCAAGCUGGAAAAAUCAGCAGCAGUUCACAAAAGCACAACUUCUCCGGGUCACAACAUCAAUCAAGGUAAUUGUAUAAAGGAACACAAGGAACAAAAAAUGUAUGUAUGAAAAAAUGAAGAGAGUUUUUUUUUGUAAAAGAGUUGUUGAGGUUUGCAGCACAAAAGUGUGUCUUGCACCUUACAUCCGAGAAAAAAAGAAAAAACAUAUAUAUAAACAAAAAAAAAAAUUUCUGUUUUAAUUUUUGUAUAUAAAGUAAUCUUGUUUUAACCAAUUUGUGUGUUUUCUGCUCGAAGAUCUCUUUCUAGGGUUUUCAUAAUGAAUAUUUUAUGUAUGGA